AUGUCAGCAAAUUCUAGCACGCAAUUACCUCCCCACGUAGAAGGAAAAGCAGAAUUCAUCAUGCAAAGACCUGAUGAUGCCGAAAUUGAAAGGAUGUUUGCGGAGUUGAUGAACAAGAGAGACUUUUUGGGAUUGCCGAGCGGAAAUCUUUCGGAUGAUUACAAGGAAGCUGCUAGGCGGAAUAUGAUGAAUUUUCCUGUUCAUAAGAAAUGGAUGUUGGUAUACAAUGACAAGUUCACCGAAUUCCAUGCUGAAAAGGAGCGAGAACGAACGCGCAGAAAUCAUCAGCAGGGACAACCCGGUGGACCAGCGUCAUCAAACAUGGUCAUCACACGAAACUCGCCUGAAUGGUACAUCAAGAAAUUCAUGGACGGCAGUGUGACGACAAAGCAUAUUGAGAGCUUAGCGGUCACUCUUCGAACGUGUGCUAUGGGAUGGGUGGAAAAUUUCGUUGAUGCAAAAGGAACACCAGUGCUUGCUAGCUUCCUCAAUGGCCUACAUGCAAAAGGAUCUGCAAAAUCCGAUACAGAUAUGGCAUUAGAGUACGAAGUGCUGAAAGCAUUCCGAUCUUUGUUCAAUAGCAAAGCAGGCGCCAAUGAUGCAUUAAGGCAACCAAAAUGCGUGAACAGCAUUGUUCAUUCUAUCAUUUCUGCUCAUUUGGCAACUAGAAAGCAGGCUGCUGAUAUUCUACUAUUCUUGUGCCAUUGGGCUAUACCUUCUGGUCAUCAAUUGGUUUUGCGUGGGUUUGACGAAUUGAAAUCGUCUCAGUCAGACCAUGGGCGUUUUGAUGCAUGGUUCCGUAUUCUGGAACAGACGAUUGAUGGUAGAGGACAGAUGGGUAGCAAAGUGGGUCAAUCAGAAGAAAUCCGAAAGAUUAGUAUGUUGGGUCAUCAAGAAGCUUCUUUGAACGAAUAUGCGGUCAACAAUAUGUUCCUCGUCAAUGCAAUCCUCUCAUCGAGAAUCGUCUCAGAUUAUCAAGUUCGCGUUCAUUUACGAAAUCAGAUGGAAGCCAGUGGUUUACAAAGAAUUUUGAUCAAAUUACGAGCGUUCAAGAAUACCGAUUUGGACAGGCAGCUAGACGAGUAUGAGAAAGGAGCAGAGCUGGAUCAAGACAAUGUUGUUGAAUCUUUCAACAAAGAAGUUUUGACAGAUAUGUCGGACCCUGUCGAUGUCUUCAAAGCGAUUGUAGGAAAGAUAUCUGGUUCGCGUGCAUAUGACUUCUUCUUAUCUGGUUUGCAGCAUCUUUUGCUAAUCCGGCAAGACGGAGAAAGUCUUGUGCAUUAUUAUCAGUUGAUUGACUCAAUGAUCUCAGCAGUGGUGAUGGACAAAAAGGGAGCAGUAGAGGGCAACGACAUGAGUUCUUUGCUGGGAGUGUCGGUGAACAAUGUCCUAUCCCGAUUCGCUGACCAAGACGCGAUGAAUGCAAUCAAGGAUGAAUUGCAGCAAGCAAAACUGGUUGCACGAGAAGCACAGACGGAGAAGCAGCAUUUAGAACAACAACUUAAUGAGACCAGUGAGGGAUUGGUGGGAAAGCUGCAAGAACGUGUAACAGAGUUAGAAGGUGAUUUGGAUGUAUCACGCGGCAACUCUAGCGCUAUGCAACGAGAUAUGGAAGAUAUGGAAAAAGGAUAUGUUGACCGAAUCGUUGCUUUGGAAGUUGAAAAGCGUGAGCUGUACGAUAUGCUUAAAGAAGCACAAGGCGCAGCAGAGAUUGCCGCAAAUGGUACAGGCAACAUGGAUAGGCAGCAUCUCGUUGAAACGCUCGAAAAGCAAAUGGAGCGCAACAAAACGAUUCGCAAAUUGGAAGCAAAUGCGAAGAAGAAUGGUCAAAUUGCCAAGAUGACAAGCGAACAAGAAGAUGCUGUCAGAGAGCGGGAGAAGCGCUUAUCACGCAAACGUCUUUCCAAACCAUCGUUGCGAGAUGAAGCCCAGGCAAGUGCUCUUGACGACGAAGAGGAUGGAUCCUCAUCCGAGUCAGAGCUUGAUCCAAAUACCGAUGCCGGAAAGUGGAAGAUUCAAGCAACCCUUGCUGCUGGCAUGGCUCGCAAUACCGAUCUACAAAGUAGAAUGACUGAUGCGAAAGAGACAAGAAGACGUAAAGGCUCUCGAAGCAGUUCGAGCAAACCCACUGAUUCUAUCGCUCCGUUGUCAUCACCAAUCGAUGUUGGCGACGGACAGUCCCCACCACCUCCACCUCCGCCGCCACCACCAACGGCAGGUGGCACGGCAACUACGUUCUUGGACGAAAUUCGAAAGCGAAAGGCGUCUGGCUUGCGAAAUACAUCCUCUGGUUCUGGCGAGAUGGGCCCUCCUCCACCUCCUCCGCCGCCUCCAAUGCCAGGAGUGCAUUCUUCAGCAUUCUCCAAUUCGGAUUCCUCCAGACCUCCCUCGGUCAUGUCUGUCGCUGCAGGUGAUGCCCCGCCUCCACCACCACCACCUCCGCCAGCAAUUGGUACUCCCUUGCGUGUAGGCACGCCCGUCUCCAAUGCUCCAAUGCGGUCACUGGAGGGUACGCCAGGUGCUAACCGAGAUUCAAUGCUAAACGUUCGCGCAAGUGUCAGCAGCACGAUCGGACCGUCUGGACCAAUUCAUGCUCCUCCAGCUCCUCCUUCCUUCUAUGCCGCUAAUAUGGUGAUGCGUAAGGAAGUCAGCGAUACGGCCAAGCAAAGAAUGAAGCAACUACAAUGGGACAAGUUAACCCCACAACAUGCUGCAGAAACAAUUUGGGGACAAAAUGUUGUCUCAGAAGAAGAAUUGGCAGAGAUGUUACGCGAACAAGGAUUGUUCAAUGAGAUGGAAGAAGACUUCAAGGCUAAACAAGUCACAAAACGAGCCACACAAACGGCAAAGAAGGAAAAGAUGGAAUUCAAAACACAUCUUACCUUACAAACCAGACAAGGUAUCGAAAUGGUAUUGCGUCGUGUUAAAAGCAGUCUGACGGAUGCCAAGCACGCUACUCCUGAAGAAGUUGCUCAUCAUAUUGUCAAUUGCAAUGAAGCCGUUCUUGAUCAGAGCUUCUUGGAAGAACUCUUGCGACACUAUCCCGAAAGCGAGGUGAAGGGUCAAUUGGGUGAAUACCGAAAUGCUUCCGAUGAGGAGCUUCGUCUUUUGCAUCCCGCAGAUCGUUUGGUGGUGCUAUUGAUGACGGUGCCGCAUUUGAAGGACAAGGUGAAAGGUUUGCUCUUCCUGACCAAAUACAGAGAAGCAAUCGAGAUUAUCAAAGAAGGUUCCUUGCGCGUACGUGACGGAAGUGAAGACUUGAUGAAAGCCCAAAACUUUGCCAAGUUACUCAGCUUGAUCUUGAUGAUGGGUAACUUCUUGAACUCGAAUGGAAUGCAAGGAGGUGCCUUCGGUUUCAAGAUUAGUUCGAUCAACAAAUUAGUUGAUACCAAAGCAAGUGAUGGAACUACCCUGUUACACUUUGUGGAAAGGACUAUCAGUCGUUGUUUCCCAGAAACAGAAGCAUUUUUGGAAGAAUUGGAAAAGCCAAGCGAGGCAUGCAGAGUACAAUUGCUCGACCUAAAGCGCGAUCUAGCAGAGUUGAAAUCUGGUAGCUUGCAGCACAAGAAAGAAUUGGACAAAUUCUUGGAUGAGUCCGAAGAUCGGUUGGAGGAUCCUUACACAAAGGUGAUGCUGCCAUUCUUGAACGAAGUCCAGACAGAACUCACUCGUCUUACUGAUCAAGUGCAAUUCAGUGAACGUGUAUACGUUGAUGCUCUUCGUUACUUUGGAGAAGGGCCAGAUCCGAAACGAAGAGGGUUCCCUGCACCACAACCAAUGCGAACUGAAGACUUCUUUGGAAUUUUCCGUGAAUUCUGUGCAGCAUACAGAAAAGUCAAACAAGAUAAUGUACACAUCACUGAGCUACGUAAUGCCGAGGCUAAACGCAGAGCGGCAGCUGAAGAACGUGAACGUGAAAGACAGGAAGCAAUCAAACGCAAAGAAGCUGGCGUGGAUGAUAGUGCGGUAUUGGAAACAUUGUUGACAAGUUUGCGUGGUGGUGGAGUUACGCCGAAACGUAAACGUAAAACGCAGCAAAGAGGCGGUCGUGAAAGUGGAAGAGAUAGUACAGGUCAAGGUGAUACUAGCGGUGGAGCGAGCCAACCUGCUGGUGACACUGCCAAUAUAGCUCACAGUAGCAGUAUUGAUGGCAAUCCUUCGGAUGUCGCACAAGCUAUGUUGGCCAAAUUACAAGGAGGAGAAUCAUCCAAUCUGAACUCUUCUGAAAAUCGCGGGUCUUCAUCUUACGUUAGCAGGAGAAGAAGAGAGAGACGUACA